AUGGAGUGGACUCGAGAUCGGGUUAAGAAGGACAUGAAUAAAAGAGUUAAAGACGGGGACUUUGGCCAAGCUCAAAUGUGGAAAGAUCUCUACGUUCCGUCUGCACCAUCGUUUGUACAACCGGUCUUGUGGAAAGAAGAUGAAGUGCCACCAAAGGAUGGCGGAGAAUGGAGUGACUGGAUGAGCAGGGGCCAGACGAUGUUCGACCUGGCUGUCAAGGCCGGAGACCCCAGCUUCAACCCAGAAUGGGAAAUGCUACGAUUUCGGGAGGAAAAACACUUCUAUUCGGGAAGUUUCCGCGAUUUUCUCCAGUUGUGGCUCAUCGUGAUCAAUGAACUGGAGCCACCGGAGAGGUCACGGGCAUACUCGGUUCUCCAGAAAAGAGUGGAUGUCUUCGAGAACCUCAAGAUGAUUAGAAUGGAGUCGCCUCAGAAGUUCAGGUCUAACACUAAUAUAGCGAUGACUCACACUUACCAUCUCUCGAAUGAGAGGAUUUUCCAGAAGGGAGAAAUGAGUCAAAGGGGUUUGGGCCAGCUCUCAGACUCAGACAAAUACGACUCAGAAGGAUGGCCAGCCCACCGGAUGGUGAAAAGACCAAUCCAUAUAGGGGGGAAUAUCACAGCUUGUCACGAGGAUAUCGUAGGCACUCUUCGGAAAUGGACGGGCGCGAGGGCGCUGGUGUUGUUGCAUCAAGCGGAAGAGGAGCCAUUGAUGACAUCGGCGAUGAUUCUCGUCCCAAAAGGGGACGGAUGGAGAGUCUGUUAUGAUGGCUCCCCACUCACGCUCUUGGAGUCUAAGAGCGUGAAAUGUGUCCUGGAUGACGUAAAAGAGAAAGGCCAGAAUCCAGAAAGGAAUACGACGACCUGGUCUCGGGGAGAAGAAUCCCUAGCUUGCUAUCUAGCUUGCGCGCUGGGCACCUUUAUCCACAGGGAAAAGUCCACUUUUGUCCCAACUCACCGGCUGGAAUUCCUGGGUUUCAUUUUUGAUACCAAGGAGAUGACGAUAGCGAUCCCAAAGCCCAAAUGGGAAAAGUUCCAGGCAGAAGUCAGAUCAGUGUUACGAGGAAAUCAUGUGCACCAAAAAAUCCUGGAACAGAUCAGAGGGAAGUGCGUGCACUUUAUGUACGUGGAGAGAAAGAUGAGACUGUUCAUCAGAAUCCAAAACGAGGCAAUCAAGCUAGCGAUCGACUCGGGCGACCCCAUGAUACCACUGAAGCCAGACCUGGUGACAGAGCUGCGGCGCUGGAUUAGAAAUGCAUCCCCGAAAGAGACGAGAUGGAUCGAGACGGGCGUGGUCCACCUCAAAAAAGAGAUCUUCAGAGAAGAAGACCUCAAAGAAAGACUUCUGGUCUACACUGACGCCUCCGGAGGAGCUGGGGGUCUCUGUGUGGAAAAUCUGGGCGCAAAAGAGCCCUUCUACUGGCCAAAAGGCUUUGAAAACGAAGACAUCUUCAUGAAAGAAGCUUAUGCCAUCUUGGUGUUACUCCAGCGCAAAGGAUCGCUUCUCAAAAACAGGAGGGUCCUGAUCAAAUGCGACAACCAGGUAGUUUGCAGCGCUUUAUACCACGGAUCGCGUACAGGGAGACUUAACGAAAUGGUGUUCCGUAUUUAUGAAGCGGCGGAGCGACACAAUAUUGAGCAACUUGCGGAUGAACCGUCCAGGACCUUUGACUUCAAUGAAAGUGAGAUCACGGACGAGGCUUUCGACGAAAUAACACGGGCGUGGAAGCGGAAAUUCACUUUGGAUGCGUUCGCAACGAAAGAAAAUGCUCGAACAGAAAGAUAUAUCUCCCGAUUUCUCGAUGAUCAAGCAUGGGCAUCGGACUUUUUCCGAUUCACAAAGUGGAGGCGCAAGGAAGUAAUAUACGCUUUCCCCCCAAGAAAAAUGGCCAGCAUAGUCUUUCGAUACUUGGAAGACUACGCCAUGAGCAUCCCAUGGGCUUUGGUUGUGAUCAAGUACGAGAGAACACCGAUGGCAAUCACGCUGGCAAAGAGGAGAGGUCUGAGGACCUUGAAGCUGAAAUCAAAGGUGGCAGUUAUUUCACCUUCGCCUAAGAAAACGGAGGGGAUGGGAUACUACAAGCCGAUCUCCGACGCGGCGACAGUUUGGGCCAUUUUCAACGAGCCUAAUCUGACAAUCGGUAAUGGACGACGUUUCGAAAUGGAUUUCGGAGAAGAUCGAGAGAUGGACUUGUUUACUCCGCCAGUGACGGACCGAAAGUCGGGUCUGAACCCUUACACGAGGUCGUCACUCCAGUCUAAUUACGAUCUGGACAAGGUGGUCAAGACCCAAAUCGACCAGGGGACAGCUCAAAGAAUCAUGCAGGCCAACCUGGCAGACCCUUUUCUAGGCCCUCUAAUCCAAGAGAAGGGUCGCCUCCAAACGGAGUUAGAUGAGGGUCGAGACUUGGUGGACCAUUAUCGCCAGCAGGCGGCAAGAGCCAGAAACAUCCAUCUACUAUACCGAAAAGCGGUUUUCCAUAAGGAAAAUAACUCUUUCCCUGUGGGUCAAGCUGGGGACGACCUAAAGAAGUUCCUGGGGCUGAAUGAGCCGGAGUUAGCCAAAAAGGCCAACGAAGCUCAAUCGCGCUAUGACAGUUUCUACAGCCAGAGGCAGUCGCUGACAAACUCUCUAAAGAGGGUUUCGACAGAAAUUGAAGAAGUGGCGACACAACGGGCCAUAAGAACGGCCACCAAAGAAGGGGAUUUGUUUUACUUGCACCAACGAAGAGCGUCUGGGAUCAAGAUGUCGACACUUCGAUCCCAGGAGCAAGUGGGCAGCGAGUUUUUCCAAAAAUUCAGCUCAGUGGAGAAUCUGCUGAGUCUGGAUAAGGAUGACAUGAUCCCGAUCACACGGGAGUUGCUGAAGACCACACCGAUCGAGUUUAUGGAAGAUCGGUUGGUAUUAAGCACUGCUUUGGAGAAACUCAGCACGGACUUUUCCCUAACGAGAAUUGCUUUCGUGAGGAUGAUCUUCUCAGUUCUCACCCAGGAGUGCCAGGAGGAAGUCAUCAAGACCUGGAAACAGCUGGUUAUGGUGGAGGACAACCAAAAAAGGUUCGAACUCCCGAUGAACGCGACAGCGAGGGAAGGUAGAGAGUACAAGCUCAACAUCCACGCGAACCAGGAGAAAAAGAAACUGGUGAGAAACAAGGUCAAAUUUGGCACGGCCACCGCGGAGGAAAAGAAAUGGCUAAAAGGGAUUGAGGCCAAUGCAGCCAACAAGGGCCAGCAACAGGGUGGCAAUGAAAACAAUAAGAACAAGAAAAUCCGUAAACUCGGAAACGGAUCCCAGAAUGGUCAGAAUUGGGCCAAAAAGCCCAAUAACGGAGGCCAGGGAGAAGGUGGCGGAAAUGGCAAUCAGAACAACAAAAACAAUAAGAACCGCCAGAACCAGGGUCAGAAAGACCAGAACAAGCCAGGAGGGAACAGAAAUUUCAAAGGAAAUGAGCCAAGAGCGCCCCCAGCCAAGGCUGAGCCUAAGAAAGAGCCCCGAACCUCUCAUGAACCGCGUUUAGGGCAUCUCCACCCUGACUGUCCCUAG